AUGCUGCAAGAAGUUUGUUAUAAUGCAUGGGGCAGAUAUAAGAAGGACAAAGACGCGCUGGACGGGGUCGAUGCUUACAUCAGCGGCAUCGGCCUCACCCUCUCGGCAGCCAAGACCAAGGCGCUCAUCGUGCACCCAAAGUACGAUGGGCAGUACCGCACGCCGCGCUUCACCCUCCAUGGAGUGCUACUUCCGUGGGAGAAGCGGGUUCGCUACCUUGGCCUUGUCAUCGACCGACGGCUGAACUGGUGUGCUGCAGUAGCUGCCCUGCGGAAAGGUGCCGCGCAGGUGGCGGGCGCUGCGCGAUCCCUGCUCGCUCGUGGCCAGGGCUGCUCGCCGUCUCUCGCACUACGCCUCUACAAUUCCGUGGCCUCAGCGCGGAUCUUGUACGCUCUACCGCUGGCGGACCUGCAGCCAACGCAAUGGAAGGUGAUGGACGCGGAUCACCGAGCCGUCAUCCGCCAGUUCCUGUGCCUCCCGCGAUCUUCACAGAGCGGCGCCACUCUCGCCGAGGCGGGGGAGACACCCAUCUCUCUCCGUGCCGAGGGGCGCGCCCUCAACCACGUGGAGCGCCUACAUCGCUCGCGGCACGGCCAGCAGCUGAUCAGCCGGCUGCACUCUCUCCCGAGCUCCGGCAUGGGUCGCCGCGCCGCCCAGUUUGCCAGCCUGGUACGGGGUGGCGCCACGUGUGCGUGGCUUGCUCCGCCCCCGCAUCGAGAGCGUCGUCUGCUCGUCCGCACGACCAUCCCUGGCGUUCGAGGCAAGCGCAAUACAGCGCUCUGCGCCUUGCAACAAGAGACGGCUGCAGCCAUCAGCGAGCAGCUGGCCGGCCGGGUGCUCGUCUUCACCGACGGCUCCGUCUUGCGGGACGGUGCUGCUGCUGCCGCGUGCGUAGCUCCUGAGAUCCCCGCGCACAGUCAGUGCCGCGUUUUGAACGCGGUCUCAUCUACGCACGCGGAGCUGGCGGCCAUCGACUUGGCGGCCGAGCUCAUAUACCAGCGGCGCAUCCCUGCGGCGGCCAUCCUGACGGACUCCCGCGCGGCACUACACAUGCUGUCCAGAGCCGACCAGGGACCCCCGCUGAUUCAGCGCCUCCUACACAAGAUGCGUGGCGUUUGCGAGCAGGGAUGCGACCUCGUUCUGCAGUGGGUGCCUGCCCACAUCGGCAUACACGGGAACGAGGAAGCGGACCGGCUCGCGAAGGCCGCACACACUGCGCCAGUGCCCCGGUCGCUCGUGGUGACUCCCUUUGACGUCGCCCGUCACACCGUGGCCGGCAUGCUACGAGCGAGACACCCGGACGCACGUGUCGCCAGUGGCAAGCCGCCGAAGUUGCUGCCACGUACGGGCCUCCACCGACGAGACCGGGCACUGCUGCUUCGCCUCCGCAUCGGCUGCCACCGCACCGCGGCAAGGAUCCACCGCUUACAAGGUACGGGGAGCCCCUUUUGCCUGAAGUGUGCCGAUGUGGAGGACUUGGAGCAUGUACUGUUGCGGUGCCCCGAGUACUCGGUGCAGCGCGACGCGCUCACGAGCGCUUAUCGACGCCUCGGACUGCCGUGCGACAGCACCGAGGCGCUUCUGUUUCCAACGGCGCAUUCAUCAGUGACCGGACGCGCCUUCGCGGCUCUGCUGGACUUCUUGGACGGCGCCGAACUGUACGAGCGGCUGUAGCCGCCGCGCCUUCCUGACGUACCUUACCGCUGGGCUAUCACCUCUUUACUCUGUUCUCUUCACUACCCUUUUUGCCCCUUUCCCCUCACCCGUACAGCGCCGUGGAGGUGCCCUCGCACGAGAGGCAGUAACAGCGCUGUACUUAUCUCUUCUUUUUCCCAUUCUAAAACCACUCACAAAGAACAUCAAAACAAUGGAGACAUGCAUUGGGGCGCAGGAAACAUCAGCAAAUGAAUGGCAAUAAAUACAGAAUGCAUAAUCGAUUGUUGCUGAGCACUAAAGCAUAAAACAUAAGCAUUUCAUAACACAUCGCAAUUGAACUCCUAAACGAACACAAGUUGCCACAGCACCAAUACCGCAUGGUUAAGCACGAAAUACUUUUAGCUCCCGUUGUUGGCGACUAUCAAGUGGGCUUGAGCGAAACGCCAGAGUCUUUAUCCGGGCACUUAAACUAGAACAUCCCGGCAAGUCGCGAGAACAAAACGAGACCCACGCAACCAGCCAAACUUAAGAUAAUGCAGUCUCUAGCCCCCCGCCCCCCCUACCCUUUGUAAAGUUACGCAUUACAUAAGCUAGUUACUGCCCAGAAGAGUUGCAAAAAAUGCUCCUGAGUUUCGUAAUCUUUGUUCAAGUAUCACUCAAAGUAUAAGUUCUAGUACGCUGAAGUGGCAUUUUUCAUUUCCGAGGGCGACGUUCAAAUGGCAGGUGCAGUGCACCAUAUGCUACAUUGUCAUGUUUUGGCGCUGAGCGCUGAACGCCAGCCGUCCGUGAGUUUCGCGGUACCGGUUUUCCGACGCCUCGAGAGAUGGCGAAGAAAGGUGCUUCUACCCGCCGCGAUGGCUUAGCGGUUAUGGUCUUGCGCUGCUAAGCACGAGGUCGUGCGAUCAAAUCCCGGCCAUGGCGGCCGCAUUUCAAUGGAGGCGAAUGCAAAAAAAAAGACCCGUGUCCCAUGCAUUACGGACCCGUUGAAGAUCCCAUGGUGCUCAAAGUUAUCCCGGAGUGCACCAGUAGGGCGUGCCUCAUAAUUAAAUCGUGGUUUGGGCACGCAAAGCCCCAGAAGUAAAUUCAUUCUUCUUGUAGGUAGGCAGUGUGCUCUGUCUCCCGAGCGUAUUUCGCUGCCUGUCGUGUGGUCUUCAGCCGCUUUUCUUCUAUCUGGUCAGCGUCCAUAUGAACCAGUGCACAGUAUGGCGUGGUGCGGUGUGGUGCACUGUAGUGUGGUGGGACAUGCCGUUGCAAUCAAACACUCCACCCAUUUUAAGGUCGUGGCUAGUAUCAUCUCCAACCAUUCUGGUUUGCUGGUUGCCAUUUCAUGCCUAAGUCUAUUCUCGAUUACCGGAGAGCCAGCGAUUUCUUCUUGCUCAGACACUUUCUUAAAAUAAAGAAAUGAGCGCUCUUGA